AUGACUGAAAAAGACAGGCAUACAAAAUGGUUAGAACAGCAAAAUUUUUAUCAUGGAUUUUUACCACGCGAGGACUUGUUAUAUGUUUUGAAAAAAAGUGGAGACUAUAUCCUUCGAACAACUGAUGUGAGAUUUGAUUAGGGGGAAUGGCUGAUAAAUUCGAGAUUUUUUCAGCGUCCUGGACCGAAAGGAGUUCGACAACGAGAUCUGAUUCUAAGUGUCAUUUGGACAGAUAACAACGCACCUUUGGCAAGUACUGAUAUCCGAAAUUUUAUCGUGAAACGAAAUCCUGCGGGAAAGUUCUGCAUAGACACGGACGACAGAUUCGAUACCAUUCAAAGUCUAUUGAAUUUUUAUGAGAAAUAUCCGAUUAAAAUGAAAACCAAGGUCAAAAUUCGACUUAUGAGACCUAUCCCGCUUCUUUCUUGGGAAUUUCGCAAUAAAGAAGUUGUGCUUUUGAAAAAAGUUGGGCAAGGUGCUUAUGGAGAAGUGUAUAAGGGAAAAGUUAAGAAGAGGAAUGGAAAAACUUUUGAGGCAGCCAUCAAAACGGUAAAUUUUUGGAUGGAAUUUGGAUGGAUUGUGGAAAAAAAUGUUUUUUUAGAUGAAAGCUGAUAUCGAUGCAAAUGACGAAAGAAUGAAAGAAGUAAUGGCUGAAGCAAGAUUGAUGAGAUGUUUGAAUCAUCCAAAUAUUGUUCGAAUUCGAGGAAUCGCAGUCACCGAAGCACCAUUUUAUAUUAUCAUUGAUUUUAUUGAUGGUGGAGGGUUAGAUUCAUAUUUGAAGAAAAAUAAGAAUGUUUCCAUCGACGUCAAAAAUAAGGUAACCCCAGCAACGUUUUUGAGAAAUAAAAACAGUUUUUGAAUUUUGCAGAUGGCAGUUUCUGCAGCUUGGGGAAUCGAAUUUAUUCAUUCACAAAGUAUUAUUCAUCGUGAUAUCGCUGCUAGAAAUUGCCUUUUUGAUAAGACAAACUAUGUGAAAUUGUCAGAUUUUGGUUUAUCUCGAAAAGGAACACAAUAUAAAAUGAAAACUGCGCGAAGAAUGCCUACAAAAUGGUUGGCUCCUGAAUCUCUUCGAACAUUUACAUUUUAUCCUGCUUCUGAUGUUUUCACUUAUGGUCUUUUGUUAUACGAGAUUUAUACUGUCAAAGAGCCAUAUGAUAAUAUAGGUGGAGCCGAAGCGAAAAAGCGGACCUUGACUGGAGAAUAUCCGAAUUUUGAAGCUGAAGCACCACCAGAAUUAUAUUCAAUAGUAAGAGAAAUGGUUUAUGUUGAUGAUCAUGAAAAACGCGCGCCAAUGUCAAAAAUUGUGAAAUCUCUGGAAGAAUGGUUGCAAGUUGAAUUGGUACUUGACAAAGAUGAGAAUGCUGUUGAGGAUGAAAAACCACCAGCAAAUGUAGAUUUGGUAUCAGGAAAUGAAGAGACCAAAACAGUUGGUACACCAGUUUCUGGUGAAGGAUCUACACCACCAACACCAAAUCAAAAUGAUGAAAAUCAGGUGGAAGAGGUGACAAAUGCGAAUGAUGAAGUUGAACCGACAAAACAACCAGAUGUUGGUUCGAACAAAGAGAAAAAGAAAGGAAGUUGUCGGAAACAGACGAAACUACGUGCUUCAUCAUCUAGUAAGAAACUUGUGGGAAAGAAACGUUCGAAAGAUAUUGAAAAAUUAUUAAUUGGCCCAGAAACAAAGAAAGAAGCAACAGUGGAUAAAACUGAAUCAGUUUAUCGUGACGAUUGA